GACCAAAAUUUCAGUACGUCAGCGUCAACGGGCUUAACUGAGAUUCCGGAUAUAUUGGCACAAACAGAGCACGGUUGUACGGUAUUGAUCGAUGGACACGCGUUGAGAGACGUGUUGAAUAGUGUUGAGAAUCAUGACGCAAAACUUGAAUUGGUACAGGAUUUGAUAAAACAGUUGAAUAGCAUUAAAGAACGACUAUCAUCUGAUGAGUUGCUGAAUAUUGGUAAGGAAGAGGAGGACGAUUUAGAAGUGGACGGUGAAGAGUCUGAAGAAGAGGACGACGGAUUAGUCGACGAGCCUGAGCAAACCCAAGACGAACACUCUUCCAAUGUGAAUAGCAGCAACCAGGAUAUAUCUGAAGAAGACGUCUUCUUAUCGUACAUUCGCAGUUGUGACGAUCCAAAACAGAAAAUGAUGGGCAGUGAAAGAAGUGCUUUGGAUGAAUUUUUUCUGCGACAGCAACAACACCAUCAAUAUCUGAUGCAGCAACAGCAUCAGCAACAGCAACACAACGAACACCAGCAACGUAUACUUGCGAUGGCGUCUGCAAUCCAGCAGACGGCUGCCGCUGCAGCUGCCUUAUACAGCAAACAAUCGCAGAGCAAUUCAGAUCGAAGCACCACCUUCAGUGGAGCACUUGCUGCUGCUGCUGGUGCCACCGGAAUGAGCGCCGCCACCGCUGCACCGAGUGCACUCAUCGGAGGCGCAGUAGCCAAUCCACCGUCAACAAUCAACACUCCCACAACUACAACUGCUACUGCCACAAGUAACGACCUGUUAAGCAGCAGUAACACUACGAAUGCCACAAACGAUAAUGGAAGUUUAAAGAAUUAUGAUAUUAAUUUCAAUGGAACCACGAAACGCAAUCAUAAUAAUAACAGCAGUAUCAUUGUAACACCACCCAGUGGAAUCGAGUUCGUCUUACCACCAGUUGGCUCUUAUGAGCGCUUGUUUGGCAAUCCGUUACUGACAGCCGGAGCUUCUUUUGGAAGUCAUCUUCUUUCACAUGGAUGCUUAACGAAUACAGCCGCAGCAGCAGCAGCAGUUCAUCGUAGCAGUAGCAGUAAUCAGAAUGAAAACUGCUUGGUGAAUAUGCAUGGUGGCACCAAUAACAAUGACAAUCAUUGUGCUUUGAAUGAAAAGUCAAUGCUUUUUGAUUUGCCGCUUAAUUUGAGCAAAGUUAAAGCGGAAAGCCCAGCUGAUCUAUCGAAGCCUCGCAAAACGACAUCUCUGGGCACGAAUAGUGCAACAUCAAGUGCUGCAGUCACUAGUGCUCCGAAACGACUUCAGGUCGCAUCGCAGUCACCACCUGCGGCGAUCAACUCAAGCGCAUCUGCAGCGCUCUUCCUUACGCGUUUACCGUUUAACAGUGCUGGCACUGGCACCCUUGCACAUUCAAUAGCCUCAGAAUCUCUGUCAGCGUUCAACAGUCACUCGCCAACAUCGUCCGGUAAGAGCACACCAGGCAUGAUCACGGCGGCAUCGAGCACUAGCUCAGGCGCUGCUUCAGUUGCUGCUUCGAUUGCCGCAGCAGCAACACCAUUUGAAAGCAUUCAAGCCGGACGCAUUGCUGCCAAAUCUCCGAAUCACAUAAAACGGCCGAUGAAUGCAUUCAUGGUUUGGGCUCGUGAUGAACGACGUAAAAUUCUUAAGGCUUGUCCAGAUAUGCAUAACAGUAAUAUAUCGAAAAUUUUGGGCUCAAGAUGGAAAGCGAUGUCGAACGCUGAAAAGCAACCAUACUAUGAGGAGCAGUCGAGGCUCAGUAAACUGCAUAUGGAGCAACAUCCGGACUAUCGAUAUAGACCUCGUCCAAAACGAACAUGUGUGGUUGAUGGCAAAAAAGUUCGUAUAAAUGAAUAUAAGACGAUGAUGAAGAACAAAAAUGGUGCUGCUGCUACUACGUCGGUAUCAACGGCUCAAAGCAGCAGCAACAGCAGUAAUAUAUCGACGACGACGACAAACGGUGUCACAUGUGCAUCGUCGUCGUCGAUUGUUGACACGUUCAACUCGAGCAUGCAAACUAGCACUCCAGUGAGCAACUACUCGUGGCCAUCCUCAUCGUGCACAAGCAAUAGCAGCACAGCAGCAUUACUUGAUGCUUCUCAAGCUGCUGCUGCUGCUGCUGGUGGUGGUGGUGGUGGUAUUGGUUCAAGUGCUGGUGAUUUUAUGAUGGAAAAUGUAAUUUUAGCGGCUGCAGCCGCUGCAGCUGCAGCAGCUUUAUCGAACGUUUCAGCUGCGGCCGCCGCCUCAACUUCAGCGGAUUCGAUUAAGUCGACGGUUGCUCGUGCUGGUGCUGGUGCUGAGUGUACUGAGCAAGAUUCGAUGAGCAGCACUAGCACUAACCAAAACACUCUUGUUGCCAUAUCGCCCUCAUCACCGUCAUCCUCGUCGUCGCCAGCCACAGCAUCAGCAGCUAUAUUGUUGAACAAUCAACGAGCGUCGCCAUCGUCGUCGCAUCAUCAUCAUCAUCAUCACUCGCAAGCACGUUGUUUCACAUCGUCUUCUCCUGCUCGAACAAGCAGCGGCAGCAGCACAUUGUCAUGCUUCAGCACAUCAGAUUCCCCCUCUCCGAGUCAUACGACUGCAGCCACUGCUACUGCCACAGCGACGGCCACGGCUCUGUUCUCGGGCGGUGUGAAUCUCGGUGCUGCACUGCUUACAGAUCUAGCGCAUCAUCAACACCAGCAUCGACAUCAUAUCCUACAAACUGCUGAAUAA